CCCCAGGUGACCCCCGAGUUCGGGCGGGAGAUGGCGCACAGCCUGCUGGGAGUGCUGGUGGCCUUCCUGCACAGCUUCCAGCGCAAGGUCGAGCGCUUCCUGGAAGCCCCCGGCGACGUCCCCGCGCCCCGACGCCGCCCGCGCCAUCGCCCUGGCCAACUGCGUCCCGCCCUUCCGGGCGUUCGCCGAGCGGCUGGCGCAGUUCGGGCACGCCGAGAGCGAGGAGCCGCGGCGGCAGGCGCACGCCGCGCUGGACCGCGUCACCCGCAGCCUGCGGCCACCACCUCACGCGGCGCCUCUUCGAGGACCUCAAGCCCCACUUCGGGAAGCUGAUGAAGCGCAAGUGGCUGACGAGCCCGGACGCCUUCGACGCCAUCGUCAUCCUCGUCACCGGCUUCGCGCAGACGCUGCGGCCGCUGCACCCCGAGCCGCGCCAGGUGCUGGUCAGCGAGCUGCACCGCCGCGUGCUCAUCGAGUACGUGCGGCCGCUGCUGCAGGGACGCCUGGUGUGCGCCUCGGCCAAGGCGCGCGCCCGCGUGGCCGCCCGCCUGGGCGACGAGGCCCGCCAGCUCCGCGAGCUCUUCACGCGCCUGGAGUCGGCGUCGCCCUGGCUGGACUCGGUGGUGCCGCGGCUGCGGGAGCUGCUGGUGCUGGAGGACACGGCCGCGCUGCAGAUGGAGGUCGGCGCCCUGGCCAGGGACUUCCCCGACGUCCGCCGCAGGCACGUGGCCGCGCUGCUGGACGCUCGGGGUUUGCGGGCUCAGGGUCCCCGCCGGGAGAUCCUGGGGGUGCUGCAGGACCUGGGGGGCUCCGAGGCCGAGCCGGCCGCGCCGCCCCCGCCGCGUUCUCGAACCUUCUUCGCGGAGCUGCCGGCGCCGCGCCCCGUGCGCUGCCUCCCGUUCCAGCUGCCGCGGCUGCGCCUCCCGCGCCGCAGCCCGGCCACGACCCCCCCC